GGGAAGAGGCGUUCCAUCCGACGUGAUGGGUCGAGGCUCAGCAGUGGGACGGUCAGCUGACUGAACUUUCGAAAGGACUUAAAGGAGCCGCAGCUUUUAUCGCAGCAGCUCUCUCUGAUGUGUCCCUGUGAUUUAAUGUCUCGUGUUAUUGUAUUGUAAACGCUGUGCUUCAUCAUGUGACGGUCCCUGGGUGCUCCGGAUCUUUGAACAGCACUCGGUGAUUUUCAGCUGAAAGAUGGCAGCAGCAUCGGUGUGUUUCCUCCUCCUCCUCUCGGUGCUGUUUUGCUCCAGCCGAGCGAAGUUCGAGCCGAACUGGAGUUCGCUCGACAGCCGACCGCUGCCCGCGUGGUUCGACCAGGCGAAGUUUGGCAUCUUCAUCCACUGGGGGGUGUUCUCCGUGCCGAGCUUCGGAAGCGAGUGGUUCUGGUGGUACUGGCAGAAGCAGCGGCUGCAGCCGUACGUUGACUUCAUGAAGAAGAAUUAUCCUCCGGACUUUAGGUAUCAGGACUUCGCUCCGCAGUUCACCGCACAGUUCUUCGACGCCAAAGAGUGGACCGACAUCUUCGCCUCAUCGGGGGCGAAAUACAUCGUCCUGACCACGAAGCACCACGAAGGUUUCACGCUGUGGGGCUCGAAGAACUCUUGGAACUGGAACGCUGUGGACGUGGGUCCGAAGAGGGACCUGGUGGACGAGGUGGCAUCCGCCCUGCGCGCUCACAGCAACCUGCGGCUCGGACUGUACCACUCUCUGUUCGAGUGGUUUAACCCGCUGUUUGAGCAGGACGCUGCCAACGACUUCAAAACGAACGACUUCCCCUCCGGCAAGACUCUGCCGGAGCUGUACGAACUCAUCACCAAGUACAGACCCGAGGUUCUGUGGUCGGACGGAGACGGGGACGCUCCGGACUCGUACUGGAACAGCACCGGGUUCCUCGCCUGGCUCUACAACGACAGUCCUGUGCGGGACACGGUGGUGACGAACGACCGCUGGGGCUUGGGCUCCAUCUGCAAACACGGAGGUUACUACACCUGCAGUGACCGCUACCAGCCCGGACACCUGCUGAAGCACAAGUGGGAGAACUGCAUGACCAUCGACAGGAAGUCGUGGGGGUACCGACGCAACGCGCCGCUCAGAGACUACAUGAGCAUCCAGGAGCUCGUAGCCAUGCUGGUGGAGACGGUGUCCUGCGGGGGGAACCUGCUGAUGAACGUGGGCCCGACCCCCGACGGGAGGAUCCCCCCCCUCAUGGAGGAGCGGCUCCGGCAGAUGGGUCGGUGGCUUCAGGUCAACGGGGGGGCGAUCUAUAACACGAGUGCAUGGAGGGCCCAGAACGACAGCCAGACCCCCAACCUGUGGUACACGUUCAGACCGCAGGAACAAACCAUCUUUGCCAUGUUCCUGGAGUGGCCCAAAAAUGGAUCUGUGGUUCUGAGUGAACCUUUGGUAACACCCGGGGUCACUCAGGUGGAGCUGCUGGGUGUCGGGCCCCUGCAGUGGGUGACGGCGGCCCCCACAGGUCUGAGGGUCCUGCUGCCCCCCCUCCCUGUCAGCGAGAUGCCCUGCGAGUGGGGCUGGAGCCUCCGGCUGAGCGGGGCCUCGUAAACAGGAAGUGACGGAGCUGCGAGCUGUUACUAAGAUCACAAUGAACAGGAAGUCUUCUUGGUUUAUCUUAAACUUGUUUUGUGAUGAAGUUGAAGUCCUUCUGUUGCUGCCUUCUUUCUACUGUACGCCAUUUUGCAAGUGUUAUGCUUUUAACUGACAGGAGUGACUUUGCAGAUGAACAUCAUGAAUACAGAAUAUUAUUUUCUUUUUUAUUUAAAAUUCAAAAGGAAUUAAACAUCUAAAGAGAUCAACAAAUCUCACAGAACAAUAACGUGUAUAUGAAUGUGCACAGUACGUUCUGGAAGUAUAUGUUCACUUUGAUGCUAUAACCUUUGCUUUUACUACAGGUUUUUUUAUUAAUGCAGGACUUGAGGGUCCUUCUUUCCUGGCAGACCCGCCCCCCCACACACACACAUAGACUGGAAUAAUGUGCAAUCACACUGUCUGUAGAUAUGACACUGUGUGCGUUAUAUCCUCCUGCAAUUUCACAAUUUCACCAUGCUGUGCAUUUUGUAUUUUUGAAUAUACUUAUUGAGGUAUAAUAAAGCAUUUCUGAUCUGAUCUGUAACUAAUCUGUAGCAUUAACAGUUUUAAUGAAGGAUCCACCUGCAGUUGGUGAACGUUGGGACAUUAAUUGUGUAAUUUGUAAGAAAUAAAUUGUACUGAAGUGGAUCCUACUGUGUUUUAUCAGUGAAUAAAUAUAAUGUUGAAGCACA